AUGGACUUUUCUCUUUCAACCAAAGAAAUAUAUGAUUAUGCUUUCGAUGAGACGGAGGAGGAACCAUCUUCACCUGAUAUUAUUGAUGAAACCAUUGACUGGAUUUUUGACCUCUUUGAUGAACCAAAUGAGUGUGAUCCAAAUCCCUGUGAGAAUAACGGUGUAUGUGAGGCUUUGAAGAGCGGCGGUUUUAAAUGCAUCUGUCCAGAGCCUUACAUUGGCAAAAAGUGUCAGGAUGAGAGUAAUGUGUGUAAGAAUGUGAAUUGUCAUAAUGGUCUAUGUGUCAGAACUCAAAAAGCGCCAUUCCAUGAAUGCAAGUGCUAUCCCCCUUUCAGGGCCCCUAGUUGCAAAAAAACCUCUGCUUGUAAGCCAAGUCCAUGCUUGAAUGGAGGAACGUGUGUUAAAGGCCGAACAAGAUCCAGCUUCAAAUGCAAAUGUCCUGGAAACUACACUGGGAGAUUCUGUCAAGUUGGUCUGAAUGACUGCUAUGAGGGAAAUGGGGAAUCAUACCGAGGUUUCGUAAGCGAGACAGCGGAAGAACUGGAAUGUUUACCUUGGAACUACCACCGUAUUGCAGUUAAAAACUUUGAAGAGAUGAAUGAUGGCAUCGGACCACACAACUACUGCAGAAAUCCGGAUGGAGAACCGCAACCCUGGUGCUUUGUCAAGCAGAAAAGCAAGCUGCGUUGGGACUUCUGUAACGUCAAUCCCUGCGCUAAAGAAGUUCCAGUAAAACCCACCAUGGCCCCUACAAAGCUUGAAUUUUCCGGCUGUGGAAAGACGAGUCAGUUUAGUAUGGUAUCCCCAAGGAUAUUUGGUGGGAGAAAGUCCCUGCCCAAUGCCCAUCCCUGGCAGGCCUCACUUCAGUUUCGUCCAUUGGGCUCUAAUGAAACCUUUAGUCAUGGCUGUGGAGGAACUCUUAUUGACUCCUGCUGGCUUAUUACAGCAGCUCACUGCGUUAAUGAGAAUGAAGAAAUAAGAGUGGAGCUGGGUGGUACAAACCUUGAAAAAGAUGACACUGCAAAGCAGUUCCUGGAAGUGGAGAAAGCCUUUGUUCAUGAGAACUAUACAGAGACAAAUGAAGCCCUGUAUAAUGAUAUAGCUUUGCUGAAGCUAAAGGCAAAAAAUGGACGCUGUGCCUUAGAGACGGACUCUGUCAGAGCAGCAUGCCUUACCAGAGAUUCAUUCCCGGAUGGAACACAGUGCACCAUAUCAGGCUACGGAGUCACUGAGAAAAAUGACACAGUUUCUCCUCAGUUGCUGGAUGCCAAAGUUCUCCUGAUCUCUCAGAGACGUUGUAUGUCUCGUAAUAUCUAUGGGAAUAGAAUGGAUGACUCCAUGAUAUGUGCUGGAUAUUUGCAAGGAAAGACCGACUCUUGUCAGGGCGAUUCUGGUGGUCCACUGGUUUGUAAGAAGGAUGAAACGCAUUAUCUCCACGGAGUGGUGAGCUGGGGCGACAGCUGCGGAAUUAAGAACAAGCCAGGGAUCUAUGCUCGCGUCAACAAGUUCAUCGACUGGCUCCGUUAAAAACUUGUUUAAAUUCAUAAAAUAUAUCUACUACUAAAUUUACAGGACAAUGGUUUUUUUUUAUUUCUGGAUAGAUUCAUGGUUAUGUA